AUGGGUUAUAGAUUACUACACCGGCCGUGGCGGGUCAAGAACCCGAUCUACUGGCUCAUGCUCGCCGAGCUCCUCGGCCUCGUCCCCAUCCUGGUCCUCUUCGGCAUCGCCCAGCCGGACAUGUACCGGACCACCAUGUGGCGCAUCGGCAACGCCAACGGAUGGAACUCGAAUCCAAACAUGAUCCUCUACGCCUACGCCAACCACAGGCCGCUGCCCAUUCGUAUGGUCUCAAACGUGAGUCUCUUUUUUUUUUUCCGCCCUCGCCCUCCUCAACCCCCAGGCCACCUCCGCCUGACAAACUUCAACGUCGCCAUCUCCGUCAUCUCCCUCUUCAUGCUGCUCGUCAAGAUGAUCGGCUUCAUCAUGAAGGUCUGGUACCCGCUCGUCGGGGGCCUCAUCAGCCUCGCCCUGACGGCCCUCUACGUCGCCAGCAUGGUCGGCCAGAUGGGGCCCGACCACGCCGACAGGGACCCGAGCAAGCACAGCAGCGUCGCCUGGUACAUCAGCCACAGCUGCGCGCCGGCGCGGGCCUUCAACGCCGAGCGCAGCUGCAUGCUCGCCAAGGGCACCUUCGCCGUCACCGUGUACAUGGCCUUCCUCUACGUCGUCAACACGGGCCUCGCCGUCUGGGCCCUGCUGCCCAACCGGGGCCUCGACGUCGAGGAGGACGAGUACGGCGGCGGCGGCGGCGGCGGCGACGACGACAACAGCAGCGGCUCGCCCACCUCCGCCAAGCAGUGGGAGAUGCAGCCGCCCCGGACGCCGCACGGCACGACCGUCCCCUUCACGCCCCGGACUCAGGCCUUCCACGCACUGGAUAGGAAACUGCCUCUACGGUACGGUUGA